AUGUCGGUCGCAAGAGCUCUACCGAGGGCCAUGCGCUCCUCUCGCGUAUUAAUCACCCGGAAGUAUGCUUCUCAUGCAGCCGAGAAGCCAGCAGGCUAUGUUCCGACAGGGGAGGAAUGGAUUGCCCAACGACAAGCAAUCAAGACUCACGCCAAUGCGUUUCUGACGUCCCUGGUAUCCUCCGACAUAGAGACUUCUGAGUUAUGGCGCCGAAUUAGCUUCUUUGCCUGUGUCCCAGGGGUGUUUCUUUUGGCGCUUUAUGUGAAGCAGGUGGAAGACGAGCAUCAUGAACAUAUGGAGCAUGUCAAGGCUGAACUCGGUGGUGAGAUUCCUAAGCCCGACUACGCAUGGCUUGGAAAGCGUGCCAAACCUUUCCCCUGGGGUAACAACAGCCUAUUCUUCAAUCCCGAGGCUAACAGGAAUUUUGAGAAGGACGAGUAAUUCAGGAGUUUAUCACAGAAACGUCCGAUUCUUUGUCGCUCAACCUUCCA